UUUGUGUUGAACUCUGAAUUUAUGACGUCGGAGCGCGCGAGAGUCAAACUCACAAGAGCAGCAGCCAAGUUGACGUCGUUACAAAAAGAGAUUUUUACUUAUGGCCACCAAGGUUUUAACACAUGUAAAACAGUUUUUUAAUACACUCAGGAAUCUUCUAGAAGAUGAGAACAACCAUUGUUGCACUUAUGAGGAUGACGUUCAAAUAUUGAAAAAGGAUGGAGAUAGAAUAUCAGUUCUGAAUUUAUUGGACUAUGGGCACCAGGAAGUCUUCAUUUGUGAAAAAGCUAUUCCAAAACUAAAUGACUCGGAUGAAGACUCGACGCUUGAGACAUCAAACUGCGCCGACAGCGUUGUUGCGUUGACUGCUCCUCGAACUCAACUGGCACCGCUGCCUCUCACCAUCACAAAAGCAAGGCAACUGCUGUCUUGGUACACAUUAUCUCAAAAUGCCAACAUUGAGGCUUUGGAUGAUCCUGCCCUACGACCUCUGUGGGUACGAUGUGACAUGGCGGAUCCGGCUCGUACCAUUUGGUUAGGAGCUGAAGGUGUCUCCGUGGCCAAUAAAGUGGCUGGUGUCAAAUUAUAUUCUGUUACAUGCACAGGCCCCGUUGUACACAAAAAUGAUCUCAUGACUUUAGACGAGCUGAAACGAGAGCACAAGAAAAGGCACCACUCAACAUCCACGUUGACAAUUAAAGGGAGUGCCCAGUUUAUCAUGUUUGGCUCCAUUGUGGUUGAAAACACAACAAUUGAAUCGCAAAGCAGCGUGACGGUGGAUUUCAAGUGGAACCACGUGGAGCGUGUACUCGAGACACCCCCGCUGUCCUCUACAGCCACAUUAAAUAUUAAAGUUGCCAGUGGAGACAAGAGAAGCCCCAUGUUUGAGGUGUUCAGGGAGUUGCAGUUUCUUCAGGUUCUUGCUGAUGGUUUAAGUACGGGUGAGGUGGAGUGGUUGACUCCUUUGGAAAGCAAGUCAGCAGUGGAUCUGACCAAGGAAUACAUUCAAGAGCUACAGAGUGUCAUAAAAUCACAACAGGAGCAGGAUUUCAAACCAACAGAGACAGACCCCAAAAGUGUCCCUCCAAUUUUCGACUCUUUCCUGGAACGAGACGGUUUGGAUUUUGUGGAGACGCUAUGGGUUCGCAUGAGAAAGAGUGUUGGUUGCUAUCAAGACAUCGUAGACAGCCUGAAAUUGGUCAUUGAGGCCCUGACUUACGGCUACAUCACGCCGUGGAUUCACCAAGACAAUAGCAGCACGCUCAGCAAGCUCAUCCUGCAGUCCUACAAUCAGAAGAUGGAGCACGUGUCGCUCACGGGCCUCACGCCUGUCCAAAUGUUGUUAGAAAUGGGCCUGAACAAGAUGGGAAAAGAUUACUUCAACUACCUUGUUGGGGAAGAAUUGACAUCGCCCAACAACUUGACUUAUUACCUGAACACAGAGGUGGAUCUGCAGGAGCAAUUUAUCCGCCUGAAGAAACUACACCAUCUCCUGGAAGUAAUCGUGACCUGCAGAACAUUUUUAGAUUUGCCCUACGACAGACUCUUCCUGCUCACACAGUUGUGUUUACAGCAUUACCAAACAUCUCCCUAUGAUGAAACACACGAGUUCAAACUGCAAAUCAAACCGGCGUUGAUCACUCAAUUCUACCAGAAUGAGGCUCCAGUUGUGUGGGGAGUGGAAGUGUCCAGCGGGCAAGGGCCUGACAAGGUCAAGACGUCCUUACAGGUCAGCGACAGACCGCUGGUUGAUCACGUCUUCCAACCUGAUCAUACAAAUGUAACAGAGGACAAGCCUGUCUGCUUUUCAACUUUGGUGUCCUGCAGCCUUGUCAACUUUGAAUUUGCACAGAAAUAGAAGAGUAAGAAUUCUGUUCCCCCCUCAAGUUCUUUAAAGAAAGACAGCGGGGCUACUUCACAGCAAUGUUUUAAUGGGAAGAGUCCAAAUUUUUUGCAGCUUGUCAUUGUAAACACUGUUUCCACGUCAAAUUAAAAUUCAAUCAACGUCA